GGUACCUGUUUCCUCAUUUUACGGCACGGUUCAGUUGUUCAGUCAAUUCUUAAUAUAAAAAACUUUUGGUUGGGUCGGAAAUGGAGACAGCCUUAUGGUGGAUCUCGGGUGGAUUGUGACAAGCGCGAGUGGAGUGACCCAAGUGGCAGGCAGAUCUUAAAUCUCUAGGCGCUGGCCAUGGGGUACUAGAAUAUCGUGCCAAGUAGGAUUUCGUGAUGCGGUUAUGCGAAGUUCCCGAGUCUUGAUAUAUGUAUCUGUCUAUCCUCCUUGGAAUGUUGAAUUUCAUACCACACAAUCGUUCUUUGUAUAUCCCAACUAUAUUGUUUAAUAACUUAACUCAGACUAUCCUUAACGAAUUCACUUCAUUAUACCAUUACGACUUUGAGAAUUUUACAACGGUUUCAUUCUCAUUCACGAAUUUCUCUCUCAAUACAUACCAACACAACUUACAUUCCACGAAAACAUCUUUCCACACUUUGAGAGACACUCAUCAUCUGUUCUCAACAAUCUAUACUUCAGCCGGGAUUUAAGUCACAUCAUUCAUUCGCAAUUGCCAUACUUUAAAUCAUGUCUUUAUCUACUUCACAAAGGGCCGGCGGACCCAUUAUCUCGAUAUCAGAUAUGGAUAACUUUAUGAAGAUUGGAGAAUUAGCACAAACCACACGAAGUCAAAGACCAAUAAAAAAGACAUCAUCAAUGGAUUUCGACCUUCUUCGAGCAUCCGGUGAUGCAGCACGGCAAAGAAGAGGAAGCAAUGCUUCCGAGGCAUCAGCUUGUGAUACACCAGCAUAUACUCCAAGAUCAUCCAGUCUCCCAAGUGCAAAAUCUACACCUUGUGCAAGUCCUUUAUUACGACCUACCGGUACAUGCGAAUCAGGAUAUGAAUUUAUGGUACCAGUUCAUCUAUCGACACCAUGGAAGAAUACCUCUCAUUCAGCAUCAGAAUUCGAUGGAGAUUGUUUUGGGAGGGAUAGAGAUUCAUUUACGGGAUUGGAUAUCAACGUUGGGUCACCAUUUCAGAUGCAUUCGCCUUUUGAAAUUGGUAUGGCUUCGGAAUUGAGGAUUGUUGAUGCGCAUAGCUAUUAAAUAGGAUGGAGGGGUAGAAAUGGAUUAGGCAAGGGGGUUAUGAUGGCGAAAUGGAAAUGAUACCAAAUGAAAAUUAUUCUCUUCUAGAUCUUCA